GAAAUCAUAGAAUAUCCAUAUAACCUAAACUAAUAUUUGAAUAUUUAAAUGAUAAAAUGUUUUGAAAUGGCAAAACGUUCUGGCGAACUACUACUUAACAAUAAAACAUCAAAGAAACAAAAAUUAGAAGAUCACGAUGAGACACUUUGGGAUGACGAUCUUGAUGAUAAUUGUUUCGACGAAAUAGCUAACAAAAUUUUAGAAAAAGAUGAUAUCGUGCAGCAAUCUCAACAAAACUCCUCCACCCUACUCAGCUAUGAUUCUUUCAAACCGAAUAUACCUUUUGCUUCCACUCAAAAUUUUAUUUCAACACCGCACAAUGUAUUUAAAAAACCACAACCAAUUUCUAACACUGAAGAUGUAACAAUGAAAUUAACAUAUCUACAACAAAAAUGUGAAGCUAAAGAAGGAGAAGUGAGUAUUCUUCGUGCACAAAUAAAAAAAAUGAAAUCUGAUAUGGUGGAAGAUUUAUCUAAAAAACAGAAGGAAUAUAUAGAAAUCACAAACAUGAAAGAAAAGGAAAUAAAAUCUAUAAAAGGCCAGUUAGAUUUCAAGGACUUGGAAAUAGUUAACUUGAAGCAAAAGAUUUCAGAAAUUUCUAGAACCAAUCUUAGUAUUUCCAGUGUUUAUGAACAUAACAAAAAACAAAGAAUUGAAAGUCCAUCAAGAAGCAAUAUAACACAUGACGAUAAGGAAAAAACAUUGAAAGUAGUAAAAGAAACAGGAAAAGAUGUUCACACCAGUAUAUUAUUAGAACCAGAGUAUAUUGCACACUCAAAAGAUCUUUUCGAUUUCUUUGAUAGUUCUACCCCAGAAAUUCAUGUGGUAGAAACUAGGGUUACUCAAUUUGUAAAAAAUACUAUACCAUACCUGCAUAAUCAGCUCGUUCAAGAAGAAUUAACAAUUCCACCAGGACCUAAACUAUCUGCUUGCAUUAACAAUAGGAACAUUUCUUUGGAGGAUAUUUAUUCUGAAGUAUUUGCCUUAUUUCAAAGUAAUGUAACUGAUAUUAAUGCAGAAGAUAAAAAAGAAACCAUCAAUAAAUUACUAAGUAUAUCCAUUCAACUUAUGAAACAUUUCAUGCAAUAUUUGGAUCAAUUAGAAAACGUAUAUAGAACUGAGGAUAUCGAACAAUUGGAUAGGAUAUUUAUACAGCAAAAUUCCAAAGAAUGUGAUAAUGCAGAAAAAAAGCAUGACAUCAACUGUGAAAUUGGAGUUAGAGUAGGUAGAACCAUAAAAGUUGUGGCUGCAUUAUUACCUUAUAAUGAAUAUAUGAAAGACCUUAUUUUAUUUAAUCAAAAUUGUCAAGAGAAUUCUUCAUAUCGUGAAUAUUUGAGGGAUUUGAAGAAAAAGGAAUUCUACUUUUCAUUAUUGAAUGAUAUUGUUAGAAAAAUUUUCAUUUUGAGGAAGACAGAGGUAUGCACUACUUUUUUGAAUUCAGUUGCAUUUUUAUUACUGGUCGUUUCAAGGGAAAACUUGUAUCAUAACAUCUUUUCAGUUUUCACUUCUUUAUUUGGAUCUAUAUUGUUUACUAGACCACCAGCUGUUGUUAUAUAUAAACUGUUGGUUGUCACGAAAAAUUGUGCGAAAUCCAAAAAAUUCCUAGAUUUUUUGUGCAUGAAACCAGAUGGUAAAAAGUUUACGGUGGAUAAGAAACGAAAACUGAAUUAUUUCUCAGAAGACACCUGCAAAUUCACAUUAUUCGUUUCUCUCUUGAAUAAUGCACUGCAAGAUAUUAAGGAAGAAGAAUUAUCGUUGGAUAUCACAUACAAUGUAUUAUCAUUCGUAGAAAAUGUUUUCACCAGUAAUCCAUAUUGGGUACACGAUCAGCAAAAAGACAAAUGUAUAUGUUUGGAGCAAUUGUAUCAAUUGAUAAUAGAGGUACUAUACUGGACACUGUUGAGAUUCAAGGAAAAUAAAAACAAUAGGCAAAAAAAUAAAUAUAUUUCCAUAUUCAAAUGUGGAAUUAGAGUUUUUGAAUUACUAUUCUUCAAUUCAUAUGACUCAAUAGAAAAGUUUAUCGAUAGUUAUUCAAGAUAUAAAGAAAUAUGUAAAACGUUUUUAGAAUUUGAAGAUGACCUGAAUUUGACUGAAGAAGUGCAUAGGUUGGAAAAACUCUGUCUGUUCGAAGAUGUUCCAUGUGUAUCUAGUUCCAGUUUUGAAUUAAUAUAGUUUAUUGUAUAUAAAAUUAUACGAGUUGAUUAAUUUUACUUAAAAAUGUAUAUUGGCUUUUCAUAGUUUUAUCAUGUAUUUACUUCUGCACCAAUCAAUAUAUAAAAUUAAUAACUGUUUGGAACACUUUUGUAAAUGGUUUUUUUGUACAUUUAUUAUAUUCCAGAUUGUUAAUUUCAUCUAAUCAUCUGUACAAAAUAUACAGAAAUUUAGUAUCACA